AAAACAAAACAGUAAAUUGUUUACCAUUUUUUCACCAAAUCGACUUUAAUUAAAACCUUCUACUUCCGGUGCGUAUGCACGUGCAGACCCCGAUGCGCACUGGAACAACGAAUUGAGUAAGCCGUAUCACGGAACAUAGAAUCCAUCGUGGAAUGACGUCAGCUAAACAGAAGGAGAAGAAGCAAAUUUCCACCUGUUAAGGCAAUCUAACUUCCACCGCGCACAUUCGCCACGAUGGAUGCCCUCAACACUUACUACAGCAAGGAAGAAUAUGUCGAGACCGCCUCCGGGAACAAGGUCAGCCGGCAAACGAUUCUGUGCGGGUCGCAAAACAUCGUCCUGCACGGCAAGGUAAUCGUGCAGAGUGGGGCCAUCAUACGCGGGGAUCUGGCCGCAGUACGCACCGGCCGGUACUGCGUCAUCUCGAAGGGUUCGGUGGUGCGGCCACCGUACAAGCAGUUCAGCAAAGGGGUUGCCUUUUUUCCGCUACAAAUCGGCGACCAUGUGUUCAUCGGGGAAGGUGCCGUCGUGUCCGCUUCAGCGAUCGGGUCGUACGUUUACAUCGGCAAAAACGCCGUAAUAGGCCGUCGCUGCGUGCUAAAGGAUAACUGCAUCAUCGAAGACGGCGCUGUGGUGCCGCCGGAAACUACGAUCGCAAGCUACAUGCGUUACACCGCCGACGGCAGGAUCGAAGGAGGCCAAGGGAAUCCCGAUUUUGUACCCCACGCCAUGCUGGAUCUGAUGAUGGAGUUCACCAAAUCGUACUACGACCACUUCCUGCCGGCGGCCAACUGACGGCAGCGUGAACUCUCGGCCCGUCCGAGAGCUCCUCGAGUGCAGUGAGUCGCGCGUUCUCGUUAGUUAGCUUGGCUUUCCGUGUUGCCGUAGCGAUCCAUAAUCACCGCACACUACUAUGUCAUCUAAGCCUAUGAAUAUGUAUUUAUUGGACAUUACAACAAUUAUAUACC